AUGAGCUCAAUCUCCAAUACUAGAGUUCCUCUGAUUGAUCCAGCAGCGCAAUCUUUGGAGGACAAAAGAGCCAAUGAAUACGGGCCUUUAACGUCCAAGGAAUACCUUCAUGAAACUAGCAGUCAACAGGGAGAACCACUCCAAGAACCCAUAGCAGACACACCACCUUACUAUGUUGUGGUAAUUACGUAUUUGAACUACUUGAUCCUCAUCAUUUUGGGCCAUGUUCACGACUUUUUAGGACUAACAUUCCAGAAAGACCGUCAUCAGGAUAUCAUGGAGAAGGAUGGCUUGGCACCAUGGUUUUCGAAAUUCGAGAGUUUUUAUGUGAGACGCUUGAAAUUGCGUAUUGAUGACUGUUUUUCAAGGCCUACAACGGGUGUUCCUGGCAGAUUCAUCUCCUGCAUCGACCGUAUCUCCCAUGACCUUAACAGUUAUUAUACCUACCCAGGCACUGCAACGAUGUGUUUGAAUUUGUCAUCGUACAACUACUUGGGUUUUGCUCAAAGUGAGGGACCUUGCACGACUGCAGCUUUAGAAAGUGUUGAUAAAUACGGUGUUUGUGCAGGUGGUCCAAGAACGCAGCUUGGAACGUCUGAUCUUCACUUAGAAACUGAAAAAUUGGUUGCAAGGUUUGUCGGUAAAGAAGACGCUAUGAUUUUUUCCCAGGGUUACGGUAGCAAUGCCAAUUUCUUUAAUUCUAUCUUGGAUCCGAAAUGUUUGGUCAUCUCAGAUGAACUCAAUCACACCUCAAUUAGAACAGGAGUUCGUCUUUCGGGUGCCACGGUUAAGGCCUUCAAGCACAACAAUAUGGAAAACCUGGAGAAACUGAUUAAGGAACAGAUUGUGAGCGGACAGCCCAAGACUCAUAGACCUUGGAAGAAAAUCAUGAUUUGUGUCGAGGGUCUAUAUUCGAUGGAGGGAACUAUGUGCCACUUGCCUAAGCUUGUGGAAUUGAAGAACAAGUACAAAUGUUAUCUCUUCGUGGAUGAGGCACAUUCGAUUGGUGCCAUCGGCGCUCGCGGACGUGGUGUAUGCGAUUAUUUCAACAUGAGCCCUUCAAAUAUAGACAUCAUGAUGGGUACCUUCACCAAAUCCUUUGGAGCUGCAGGUGGGUACAUUGCGGCUGACAAAAAUAUUGUCGACAGACUAAGAUGCGACUUGACCACGACUAACUACAGCGAAUCUGUUCCACCUCCAGUUCUAGCGCAGACAUGUACUUCUUUGAGAAUCAUUGCGGGAGACCUUAACCCGGGUGAAGGUCUUGAAAGACUCCAGCGCAUCACUUUCAAUUCUAGAUACCUGCGCUUGGCUUUGAGAAGACUUGGAUUUAUCGUCUACGGUGUAGCCGAUUCUCCUGUCGUACCCAUGCUUUUGUACGCGCCCUCCAAGAUGCCUGCUUUUUCGAGAAUGAUGCUGCAAAGAAAGAUUGCGGUGGUGGUGGUUGCAUACCCUGCGACGCCUUUAAUUGAAUCUCGUGUGAGAUUCUGUAUAUCGUCUGCAUUAACCAAGGAAGACAUCGACUACUUGUUGCGCCACGUUAACGAAGUAGGUGAGAAACUCUUUCUCAAGGUGAGUACCGGUAAGAGCAGCGUUUCACGCAAUGGCAAGCCUCAUAACUGGGAUAUUGAUGAAGUUAUCAGAUUGACACCCGCAGACUGCAAAGACGACAAAUAUUUCAAAGAGUGA